GAUAUUAAUAUACCAUUAGAAUCUAAUAAUAUUAAACUUCAUCUAUCUGAUUACAAUAUCAUUAAUCUAUCAGAAUGCAGACUUGGUGACCCUGUAAAUCAGAAUAUUUCAUUUGAAGAAAAAGAUAGUCUAAAAGAAAUAUGGCUAAGUUUUGAACCUGAUAAACAAAAAUCUAUAAAAUAUAAUAAAUGGGAAACAAAAUUGCAACUUCUCAUUAAUAAAUAUCAAAGAAAUUUAAACAUGGAAAAUAUCUUUGAUUAUAUAAAUCUAGAUGAUGCAAUUGAUGAAGUUAUGAAGAAAACCAUAUGA